GCGCCUCCAACCCAUAAAUAGCGGGCGGCCGGCGCUGCUUGGGACUGCUGCGAGCCAGGGCGAGCCGAGGUCAGUCUAGCUAAGCCGCGCCGAGACGAGCUAUGGAUCCCCAGGACUGCACGUGUGCCGCUGGUGACUCCUGCUCCUGUGCCGGGUCCUGCAAGUGCAAGAACUGCCGCUGCCGGAGCUGCCGCAAGAGCUGCUGUUCCUGUUGCCCCGCAAGCUGCAGCAACUGCGCCAAGGGCUGUGUGUGCAAGGAGCCGGCCAGCAGCAAGUGCAGCUGCUGCCACUGAGCCACUUGCCUCUGCCUGUAAAUAGCUGGCAUGCUUUGGGGAUUGGGGGUGGGGGGCACAAAAAAAGCCUAUUUUUUCAUGUUUUGUAUUUUCUGUACCAGUGGUGAAACUGGAUGGAAAUAAAGGAGUUUGGCUGGA